ACAGACUUAUUUGGGUUGUUCAUGAAAAACGAGAACUGAAGUACACGUCAGUUACCCAACUGGAAGUGGACGCGGUGGAAAUGCACCACAGCGGGGCAAUGUUACCUAGUAGGUUCACCAGAGCCUGUAGGAAUCACUUCCGGGUCGAGGACCCAAACGCGGACGUUGUCUUGUAAUCAACAGCUCACGACGAUUCUUCGCUGAAUCCCAGAAUGGCGGACGAGGAGGACGAGACCGCCUUCGACGAGGAGCUGGACGAAGGUUGCGGAGGAGUGGACGUGUGCCACGGCCGCAGGAAGAGGCUCUUCUCCAAGGAGCUCCGCUGCAUGAUGUACGGCUUCGGGGACGACCAGAACCCGUACACCGAGUCAGUGGACAUCCUAGAGGACCUUGUCAUCGAGUUCAUCACGGAAAUGACCCACAAAGCCAUGUCCAUCGGACGCCAGGGCCGCGUCCAGGUGGAGGACAUUGUCUUCCUCAUACGGAAAGACCCCAGGAAGUUCGCCAGGGUCAAAGAUCUGCUCACCAUGAAUGAGGAGCUCAAGAGGGCGCGGAAGGCUUUCGACGAAGCAAAUUAUGGCUCAUAAUCAGCUGCAUGCCGCUAUUUCUGACACGCAUUAUUCAGUUAUGUGCUUCAUACGUUAAAUAAACGUUUGUGUUGUUUUA